AUGGAUGUCCGCAUCAGUGUUCCUUUCUGUAGUUGGGAAAGUAUAAUAGCUGCUACUGAGUUCUUCAAAGUUAAAGAAGCUGGUACAGGAUCCGAGCUAUUAAUGGCUCUAGUUACUUUAUCCAUGAAUAAAGAGCCUCAACCUAUGAUCCCGAAGAAUACUUGUUGGUUUAUUCUCUCUGUGUUGUUUUUCCUAUGUUUCUCUAUAAACAUCCAUCUUUCUCAAGGAGCUGACAGCGUUACAGCAAAUCAGCCUCUCUCUGGCAGCCAGACAAUUGUCUCAUCUGGUAACAUCUUCGAACUAGGAUUCUUCACACCAGGUACUUCUUCCAGUUAUUAUAUUGGAAUUUGGUACAAAAAUGUUACUCCAAUGACCAUAGUUUGGGUAGCAAAUAGGGAGACACCCAUUUCAGACAUGAAUUCUGCAGAAUUUAAGAUUUUAGAUGGGAAUUUGAUGCUUAUGGACGAGUCCCAGGUUUCAAUUUGGUCCACAAAUGUAAACUUGACAACCUCAAAUUCUUUAGUGGCGACUCUAGGUGAUAAUGGAAAUUUAGUUUUGAGAGAUGAGUCAGAACCUAGGACAAGUGAAGGAUUUUGGCAAAGUUUUGAUAAUCCAACAGAUACGUUGUUGCCUGGUAGCAGCCUUGCCUAUGAUAAACGUACAAGAACAAAGAAAGUUCUCACUUCUUGGAAAAACUCUGAGGAUCCUGCACCAGGGCUUUUCUCUUUUGAAUUAGAUCCAAAUGGGAGUCAGGUUAUUAUAAGAUGGAAUAGGACUGAAUGGUACUGGACUAGUGGAGCAUGGAAUGGGCUCUUUUUCAGUUUAAUCCCUGAGAUGAGGCUGAACAAUAUGUAUAAUCAUAGUUAUGUUGACAACGUUAAUGCGAGUUACUACACAUAUUCUCUUUAUAAUCCUUCCAUUAAAUCUCGAUACGUGAUGGAUGUUUCCAGUGGUAUUGGUGUUCCUUUCUGCAGUUGGGAAAGUAUAAUAGCUGCUACCGAGAACUUCUCAGAUGUAAAUAAACUUGGACGCGGGGGAUUUGGUCCUGUUUACAAGGGAAUGUUUCAUGGAGGGCAAGAAAUUGCAGUGAAAAGGUUGUCGAGCUGUUCUUCACAAGGCAUUAAUGAGUUUCAAAAUGAAAUUGUAUUGAUUGCAAAGCUUCAACACCGAAACCUCGUUCGCCUUUUGGGCUACUGCAUGAAGGAGAAUGAAAAGAUCUUACUCUAUGAAUACAUGGCAAACAAAAGUUUGGAUGCCUUUAUAUUUGAUAAAAAGCUAUGCAUGUUAUUGGACGGGAAGAAGCGGUUUGACAUCAUCUUGGGGAUAGCAAGAGGGGUUCUUUAUCUUCAUCAAGAUUCAAGGUUGAGGAUCAUUCAUAGAGAUUUGAAAACAAGCAACAUUCUGUUAGACGAAGAGAUGAACCCCAAAAUUUCAGACUUUGGUUUGGCAAGAAUUGUUGAGGGAAAACGAAUAGAAGCAAGCACCAACAAAGUCAUAGGAACCUAUGGUUAUAUGUCUCCAGAGUAUGCAUCAGAUGGACUAUUUUCAAUAAAAUCAGAUGUAUUUAGUUUUGGAGUUGUUGUUCUCGAAAUAAUCACUGGAAAGAGAAACACAGGAUUUUACCAAUCUACAGAAGACUUGAAUCUCUUGGGUUAUGUAUGGAGAUUGUGGAGUGAAAACAAGGCAUUGGAUAUAGUCGACCCAAUACUGCUUGAAUCUUGUAAGAAAUCUGAAGUUAUCAAGUGCAUAAAUGUUGGGCUGUUGUGUGUCGAAGAAGACCCCAAUAAUCGCCCCACCAUGUUGAAUGUAGUUUUCAUGCUUAGUGGAGAAAUUGCAGUUCUUCCAAUUCCAAAUCAACCAGCUUUUGUAAUGAGAAAACGCUCAUCCUCUAAUCAACCGGGUUUGUUCUCCAACAAUGGGUUGACGGUAUCUAUUCCACAAGGGCGUUAAUGAACUUUUUCUUAUUUCCUUCCACUCGUUUUAUGCUCAACAAGAAUCUCCACAAACUUGUUUUAUUAGCAAAAAGUCCAGAUAUGCAAGUUUCCUCUCAUAUCUAGUUGUUUGUGUUGGAAUUUUAGGGUGACCCGAAUUCUUUUGUUGAAAUGAUUGUAAAAUUCUAAUUGAAGUGCAUAUCAAAAGAAAUUUUAGUUGGAA